UUUUACAUCCUGUUCCAACUUUACCGUAUGCAGUUACAAGCAGACAACUUAUUUUAAUACCCUAUGAUUUGCACAUGUAUUAACUUCUGGAUUACUUUGACACUUACUGCUGCAUAAUAUAUAUUUUCCACAUUUCCCGGAGCCUGCUGUGCUUGUGGCUUCCCUGCAGUUUGAUGGACCUUUUUUUGAGGUGCUAAGACAAGUUUACUCUCCUUGUUUCAGUGGUUUCUUGCAGUCGUAGAAGAAGAGGCAAAAAAAAAUGGAGCAGAAAAGAAAAAUGCUUCUUGCUGCAAUAAUUUUUACAGCUGUCUGUUACAAAGUGACUGCACAGGAAACAAGACUACUGGAUGUCCAAAAGACCACAAAUGUUGUAGAUGAUCUGUACUAUGGAUGCCGUGAAGAGGCCAUGAAGAAGUUCAUCGAGUCAGAUGUGUUAAAACAAGAACUAAAUAACAGUGAAGGAUUUCAGAAAGCGUGGAAUAAAAGUAUCAAGUGUUCAAAGCAGAUUCCAGGAGGAAGAAAAGAGCAUAGUGCUGCACUUUCAAUCUAUCUUAAAGCGGAUAAAUCAUUCAUACAAACACUGAACAAAGCAAUGGAGACAAUGGGUGGAAAUGUUAGCAUCUAUGAAAACCACUUCAACUUCAAGUCUCUUCAUUUCCUGCUGAUGGACUCCAUGAGGCUGCUGAAGCCAAAGGAGUGCAAGAACUUUUAUGUUUUUCAAGAUGGUCAAAACCAACCACAGAAAGGCUCCACAGUGAGAUUUCCAAGUUUCACCUUAGCUCAUUCAAACUAUGAAGAGCUAAAGAGACUUGAAGAUGUCAAUGAGAAUACUAUUUUGCAUCUCACUUCUUGCUUCUUUGUCAACCUGAAAGACUAUGUGUGCGGUCAAGAACAGGAUGAAAUACUCUUAUCUCCAGCAGAAGUUUUCACCGUGGAACAAGUGGAAACAAAAACUACAUUGGAUGAUGACGAAUACCUUGAGAUUGAUUUGAAACAGUCAGGACUGAAAAGCUCACACAACUGUUACAUCUUUUCACGGAUGUCAGUAGGUCAGGAGACUACCACAGCUGUUGCAGAGAGAGACAGGUCUCCUCCAGCUGUUGUCGCCACCCUGUGGCUUGUAUCAGUGCUUGCAGCCUUAUCUUCUGUUUCUUUAGCUUUUUAGCAAAACAGCUAUCAUUCAGAGUUUUCUGGGUUUUAUAAUCUGCAAUAUUGCUUUGAUUAUUCAUACACUUUUUUUUAGGUCUUUAUUUGGCAGAUUGUGGUGAAUAAGGUAUUGCAAUAUUAUGUCAAAAUAUAGUCAAAUACAGUUUUCUGCUUCUGUCAUAUAUUAUGAAUUAUAAACUCAGUUCUUAUUUUCUUUAUGCACGCUAGAAAAAUGUACAGCAUACUUGAACUAUAUAUACAGAAUGUGUUUAUUAUUUCUUGUUAGGGUUUGCAUGCCUUUAAAAGGAUUAUAGGAAAUGAGUGAUGGGAAUGAAAAAAGACAAUAUGUGUCAAUAAGGUCAGAAUAAAGGUUUGGUACAGUUGCUUCUGGUGUACCUCCAAGUAUUCAACAGUGGAAAUACAAUAAUUCUUUAAUGCAAUUCUGGAAAAUGAUUGUAUAUUAUAUAUAAUAUAUGUAUAUUACAACAUAAAUGACUUUCAGGAAAACUUUAAUGUAUGAUUCACAGGACUAAACUAAAUACGCCCUUACUGAUUAGGGUAAGUGGCAUCCAGGUACUGCCAUCUCUAUAAAACAUAUUUUGGCACUGGAGCAUUCAGCUUUGUGUUAACUCUAUAAUCUUUCCAUGUCUGGUCUUCCCAGUAAAAUCACAAAAAGCCCAAAGAGUUGCAUUUUAGACUCUACAGGCCUCAGUUAACAUGUCAAAUGUUAACUGAGUGGAACCCCGACUUACGAAAUUAAUUCGUUCCCGAGAGUCUUUCGUAAGUCGAAAAUUUUCGUAAGUCGAACAACUAGAACAACAAUACGUCGUUCAAGUGGAACAGCGAAGCGCAAGUACGGAAGCCAAGGGGUUGUCACAUGAUUCGGAAGGCAUUGUGGGCAUUGUAGGCUCAGCCAACCAGAGCCAGUGGAUUUUGUUACUCGGGCAUUUUGCCGUAACACAGGCAAAAAUAUUGCCGUUCAGUGCCUUCGUAACUUGAAUUUUUCGUGAAACGGGGUAUUCGCAAGUCAGGGUCCCACUGUAUUAAACUUAAGGACAAUUAGAAAAACUCUGAACAGGUAUGACUUGUUUGAAGGUUUUGCUUCUUCUGUCUAAAAACAUCAUGAAGCACAGCUUAGAUUUGUAAAGCUGCUUUGGGUUGUUUUGUAGUCACAGGACCUGGGAACCUUGCAGUCACUGAGUGGACCGUGAACUCAUCGGUAUACUAAAAUAUUCUAGAGUCAAACGUGUGGCCAUCUGCCUGACAUCUGCCUGACAUGAGCAAGUUUGAGUCAAACUUAAGUUUGACUCAAACUUGCUCAUGCAACAGGACAAUGAUCUCAAGCACAGCAGCAAAUCUGCAACAUAAUGGUUGAGUAAGAAAGGAAUGAAGGUGUUGCAUUGAGACCAGUCAAAGUCCAGACCACAAUCUACCUGAAGUGCUGAGCUGUUAACAGAGCUGUGCAUGAACAAAUGUUUGCAAACCUCAAGAAACUGAAGCAACUUCCAAAAUUUCUCCACAAUGAUGUGACAGACUGACAAAGUCAUACAGGGAAUGAUUAUAUCAAGCUACUACUGCUAAAGGUGUUUGCACAAGCUACUGAAUCAUGGGCAUACUUAGGUUUUUGGUUUUGUUUAGUUUUUAUUACUUGGUAUUAUUGUAGGGAUUUUUCUUACAAUAUAAAGCAACGUGCUGUGGCUUGGUGCCAUAUAAAUAACAUUUUAUUCAAACUGAAUUUGUUUUUCGUGUGUCCCAGUGUAUGAAUGAACUGCCAUUGUUAAAGUUCCAUAUAUAUCCUGUGUUAAUAAAUUCGCUUUCACUGGAGACUUUACAAA